UCAAAUCAAGUUUCAGUUCGUGGUUCCCAACGACAUUAGAACUUUACUAUCACUAAGGACUACGGAGGGAAGCAGUACGCUAGAAGUCAUGCCGCCUUCCUUACAGCAGUGUAUGGCCUCUUUUACGCAUUUGCAUCAACUCGCAGUUUCAAGCGUCAGGCCAGGAGUAAAACCUUCUAUUUUAACUGUCGGAGGGAAAGCAUUCAGUAAACACGUACACCGUGACCUAAAAGCAAAAUUUUGGGGUGUUUGCAAAGGCACUGAAAAAAUGAAAAACGAGGCAGCAAAUACGGUGUUGUCAAAGAUCUUGCAAAGACCAGUCUGGAGAAAUCUCCAUGAACUCCCACAUGCUAUUUUAGCCUAUGAAGUUAGAAACAAGGAAGGAUAUGGUGCGCGAUGGACGGCAAAACUGAAGGAUCACGACCAUCAAACUAUAUCUUGGAUGUUUCGAGGCUUCUUAGAGCCUCCUAUGAAAGAUGGUCACUCUGUUGGAUGGAUACAUUAAAAAUUUGGUAUUCACCUUGUGCCAUACUACUAUUGAGGCAAAGAGAAAGGCUAUCGGACUACAUAGAAAGUUCAUAAAGCAUGCCAAAACAUCAGAUGAAAGAUGUUAUUGUUCAUAUAGUUUGACAUUAACAUCGAGACAGAUAUAUCCCUCUUAACAAAGAAAAGCUUUCUGUUACCGCGGUUAUUCAAAAUGGCCGCACCACCUUAAUCACAAAAUCUUUUUGAAAGUACCACGGCAUUACUGGUGUACGCAGAAUAUGAUGCAUUCCAUCGUAACUCUGAGUCCUGCCAGCGGAAAUCUCCACUGUCAUUCAAGUCUUUCUAUCACCUGAAUCUCUCCAUCUUCUUAAAUUCUAUUUGUAGCAUCAGCG